AUGUCCAUUCUGUUUCUUUCCUCGAUACUUUUCAGCGUCCUAAUCGCCACGGUCUUAGCAGAUUGCCGCCACCCAAACGGUCUGCUGCAGACAGAUCCAUACCAUGCGCCCUGCAGCGAUGUUCUCAAAAAUCCUCUCAACACUAUGUGUUGCGCAAUCGAUCGCCCAAAUCCUAAUGGAGGAUAUUCUACGAACGGAUAUAACGCAGACGUCUGCUUGCCGAAUGGACUUUGUCAGCAGAGCUGGAAAACGAGUGAGGACAGUAAGGUGACGGUUGAAUACUACAGAGAAGAAUGCACUGUCAAAGAUUGGACAAAUGGCAAGUGCCUGAGUGUAUGCUUGUCUAAUAGCGUUAGUAGCAACGUCUUCAUGACACCUUGCGACGACACUGCGAACUCCACAAAAUGGUGUUGUGGCAAAAACAGAGACUGCUGUUCAGGCGAUGUCGGAGUUGUGACACUUGAGCAAACGUUCUUGGGUAUGGCUGCGACUUCGGCGACGUUACUGUCUUCUUCAGUGACUGCAUCUGCCUCCAUAUCCACAACAUUCUCAGAAAUCUCAUCUACUGGGACAUCAUCUCCUGUCAAGUCACUUGGUUCAGCUUCGCUCCCAGGCGGAGUGAUCGCUGGUAUUGUUGUAGGAGCACUGGCCGGCAUAUCGCUCAUCGGAGUCGCUUGGUUUUUCGUUGCGCGCCGACGUCUGUCUACCGCUUCAACACCGCUGGCUCAUGUUGAGGGAAUUUAUCAGGUUGACGCACCUAAGAUAUGCUAUGCGCACGAGGCUGACGGAAUCGAAUCACAAAUCUCCGAAAUUUCAGCUGCGAACAACAAAGAUCACGAUGGAAAGAUCAGGGUACAUGAGAUGCAGUAA